AGCGACGGCGUCCGGCAGCUGGGUCUCCGUCGUCCCUGACGGUUCGGCAUUGCCCGGAGACGCGAGCCGAGCGCCGUCAAUCAAGCUUCCUUCUUUUCGCUGAAGAUUUUGUCCUCGGCCGGGCGAUGUUUGUCUGCGUGGCAACGCGCUGGCAUGAGCACAGAAACAGUUAAUAGGUGACUUUUUUGUAGUCAUGAACGGGGUACUUGACCGCACCCAAAAAAAAUAUGUUCAUAUUCCGGGGGGAGUGAUACAGUUGUACAGUUGGGUCAACAGCUGAUGACGGCGUGAUCGGAAGGUGUGGCGAGUUGAAAGCCUUGAAUUGCCUCCAAUAAUCGUCGGUACGCGUGCGCUGUCGAGCCUUCGCUUCUUUAUCAGCGAUGGGGCUUUUUCCACACCUCGACCGGGUGGAGGAAAAGCCAAAGUGCGAAGGUCGCUCGCCAAAGUCCGUGCGGCUCAUAACUUGUGUUAUUCCUCAGUGCCGACGAGCAGGACCUCAAGUACUGCUCAUGGCGUCGUUUCGGAUCGUGGUUCAGGCCCUCGUCCUGGUCGCUCUGUUUUCUGGUUCCGUUGCUGAUCCCGCUGAAAUAUCAAAUGUAUCAGAAAAUGCCAUCUAUAAAAGUUCAGUCACUCCGGACGUCAGUGAGAUCGACUCAGCAAGCAGAGUCACGGCAGAAAGGCACACCGGUCUUCCAGAAACCACUGAGGCGGAGAGGACUGUAACGCCUGGGACAGGUACAGGUGGGACCACUAAUGUUCCAGAAACCACCGAGGUAGGGAGCACACCAACGCCUGCGACAGGUGGGACCACCGGUGUUCCAGAAACCACUGAGGCGGAGAGGACGGUCACACCCGGAACAGUGGGGACCACCGGUGUUCCAGAAACCACUGAGGCGGAGAGGACAGUCACACCUGGGACAGGGGGGACCACAGGUCAUCCAGAAACCACCGAGGUCGGGAGCACACCAACACCUGCGACAGGUGGGACCACCGGUGUUCCGGAAACCACUGAGGCGGAGAAAACGGUCACACCCGGAACAGUGGGGACCACUGGUGUUCCAGAAACCACUGAGGCAGAAAGGACAGUAACGCCUGGGACAGGGGGGACCACCGGUCUUCCAGAAACCACUGAGGCAGAGAGGACUGUAACGCCUGGGACAGGUGGGACCACUAAUGUUCCAGAAACCACUGAGGCAGAAAGGACAGUAACGCCUGGGACAGGGGGGACCACCGUUCUUCCAGAAACCACCGAAGUCGGGAGCACGCCAACGCCUGGGAUAGCUGGGACUACCGGUCUUCCAGAAACCACUGAGGCAGAGAGGACGGUAACGCCUGGGACAGGGGGGACCACCGGUCUUCCAGAAACCACCGAGGCGGAGAGGACAGUCACACCUGGGACAGGGGGGACCACAGGUCAUCCAGAAACCACCGAGGUCGGGAGCACACCAACACCUGCGACAGGUGGGACCACCGGUGUUCCGGAAACCACUGAGGCGGAGAAAACGGUCACACCCGGAACAGUGGGGACCACUGGUGUUCCAGAAACCACUGAGGCAGAAAGGACAGUCACGCCUGGGACAGGGGGGACCACCGGUCUUCCAGAAACCACUGAGGCAGAGAGGACUGUAAUGCCUGGGACAGGUGGGACCACUAAUGUUCCAGAAACCACUGAGGCAGAAAGGACAGUAACACCUGGGACAGGGGGGACCACCGGUCUUCCAGAAACCACCGAAGAAAGGAGCACGCCAACGCCUGGGACAGCUGGGACCACCGGUCUUCCAGAAACCACUGAGGCAGAGAGGACGGUAACGCCUGGGACAGGGGGGACCACCGGUCUUCCAGAAACCACCGAGGCGGAGAGGACAGUCACACCUGGGACAGGGGGGACCACAGGUCAUCCAGAAACCACCGAGGUAGGGAGCACACCAACGCCUGCGACAGGUGGGACCACCGGUGUUCCAGAAACCACUGAGGCGGAGAGGACAGUCACACCCGGAACAGUGGGGACCACUGGUGUUCCAGAAACCACUGAGGCAGAAAGGACAGUAACGCCUGGGACAGGGGGGACCACCGGUCUUCCAGAAACCACAGCGGUAGGGAGCACACCAACGCCUGCGACAGUUUGGACCACCGGUCUUCCAGAAACCACUGAGGCGGAGAGGACUGUAACGCCUGGGACAGGUGGGACCACUAAUGUUCCAGAAACCACUGAGGCAGAAAGGACAGUAACGCCUGGGACAGGUGGGUCCACCGGCCUUCCAGAAACCACUGAGGCAGAGAGGACGGUAACGCCUGGGACAGGGGGGACCACCGGUGUUCCAGAAACCACUGAGGCGGAGAGGACAGUCACACCUGGGACAGGGGGGACCACAGGUCAUCCAGAAACCACCGAGGUAGGGAGCACACCAACGCCUGCGACAGGUGGGACCACCGGUGUUCCAGAAACCACUGAGGCGGAGAGGACAGUCACACCCGGAACAGUGGGGACCACUGGUGUUCCAGAAACCACUGAGGCAGAAAGGACAGUAACGCCUGGGACAGGGGGGACCACCGGUCUUCCAGAAACCACUGAGGCAGAGAGGACUGUAACGCCUGGGACAGGUGGGACCACUAAUGUUCCAGAAACCACUGAGGCAGAAAGGACAGUAACGCCUGGGACAGGGGGGACCACCGGUCUUCCAGAAACCACCGAGGUCGGGAGCACGCCAACGCCUGGGACAGGUGGGACCACCGGUCUUCCAGAAACCACUGAGGCAGAGAGGACGGUAACGCCUGGGACAGGGGGGACCACCGGUGUUCCAGAAACCACCGAGGCGGAGAGGACAGUCACACCUGGGACAGGGGGGACCACAGGUCAUCCAGAAACCACCGAGGUAGGGAGCACACCAACGCCUGCGACAGGUGGGACCACCGGUGUUCCAGAAACCACUGAGGCGGAGAGGACGGUCACACCCGGAACAGUGGGGACCACUGGUGUUCCAGAAACCACUGAGGCGGAGAGGACAGUCACACCCGGAACAGUGGGGACCACUGGUGUUCCAGAAACCACUGAGGCAGAAAGGACAGUAACGCCUGGGACAGGGGGGACCACCAGUCUUCCAGAAACCACCGAGGUAGGGAGCACACCAACGCCUGCGACAGUUGGGACCACUGGUCUUCCAGAAACCACUGAGGCGGAGAGGACUGUAACGCCUGGGACAGGUGGGACCACUAAUGUUCCAGAAACCACUGAGGCAGAAAGGACAGUAACGCCUGGGACAGGGGGGACCACCGGCCUUCCAGAAACCACCGAGGUCGGGAGCACGCCAACGCCUGGGACAGCUGGGACCACCGGUCUUCCAGAAACCACUGAGGCGGAGAGGACAGUCACACCUGGGACAGGGGGGACCACAGGUCAUCCAGAAACCACCGAGGUAGGGAGCACACCAACGCCUGGGACAGGGGGGACCACCGGUGUUCCAGAAACCACUGAGGCGGAGAGGACGGUCACACCCGGAACAGUGGGGACCACCGGUGUUCAAGAAACCACUGAGGCGGAGAGGACAGUCACGCCUGGGACAGGGGGGACCACAGGUCAUCCAGAAACCACCGAGGUAGGGAGCACACCAAUGCCUGGGACAGGUGGGACCACCGGUGUUCCGGAAACCACUGAGGCGGAGAAAACGGUCACACCCGGAACAGUGGGGACCACUGGUGUUCCAGAAACCACUGAGGCAGAAAGGACAGUAACGCCUGGGACAGGGGGGACCACCGGUCUUCCAGAAACCACCGAGGUUGGGAGCACCCCAACGCCUGGGACAGGUGGGACCACCGGUGUUCCAGAAACCACUGAGGCGGAGAGGACGGUCACACCUUGGACAGGGGGGCCCACCGGUCUUCCAGAAACCACCGAGGUCGGGAGCACGCCAACGCCUGGGACAGGUGGCACCACCGGUGUUCCAGAAACCACUGAGGCGGAGAGGACGGUCACACCUUGGACAGGGGGGACCACCGGUCUUCCAGAAACCACCGAAGUAGGGAGCACUUCAACGCCUGGGACAGGUGGGACCACCGGUGUUCCAGAAACCACUGAGGCGGAGAGGACGGUCACACCUGGGACAGGUGGGACCACCAGUGUUCCAAAAACCACUACGGCACCAAGCACGAUAUCACCAGAGCCUGGCAAGACCACUGAUGUUGCAGAAACUACCAACCCAGCAAGUACAGCAACCCCAGAGGCGGGCGUGACCACCGGUGUUCCAGAAACCACCAAGGCAGGAAGUACAGUAACACCACCAGAUUCAGAUCAGACAUCCCCAGUAACAAAUAAGCCGAUCCAUUGCCAAAACGGUGGAACGUUAACUGGAAGCAAUUGUAGCUGUACCAGUGGGUUCCACGGAGAGUUUUGUCAGUUCCUGAAGGACAGCGUGGAGCUCGAUAAAAUCGAGCGCUUGGUGAAAAUUGGAGUGGUGAUCAACGAGAAGUACGACCCCAAUUUCGACAACACCACCUCAGACCAAUACAGGAAUUUCGUUCAGGACUUUGAAGACAAGAUGACGGGGUUUUACACAGAGAAGAAUAUCAUCAACUUCCACAAAGUGAUGGUCAUCGCUGUGAGGCCAGCUAUUCUUCAACGCCGAGGGAGACGUUCGGCCCCUGAAGCGGAGCAGCGCAGAUUAGCCGCCGACGGCGCGGGCGUCCACAGAGUCACGCCAGAACCGGAAGGCGUCAACGUCAUCCACAACGUGGUUUUGUUGAUCCCAAACAUCAACUCUGAGGAAGAAUACCAGAAAGACUACAAAGACGUGGAGGAGGCGGCUCAUACGCUCGCCGAGUGCCGAACAGAGUGUCUCUACAACGUGACCGAGACCCCAUCCGUGGUAGCUCCGACCGUGGAUCUUCGCACCCUUUGCACGAAGGAUCCCGACCUGGUCGCGCACUACAAGGUCGUGACCUUAGACAAUAUGCUGGUGUGCGUCACACGAUGCAACGGUCGCUACGGCGCCGGCCGGCUCGCGUGCUACAACAAGGGCACGUGCAGAGUUUUCAAGGAUGUCGGCGCCAUUUGCAACUGUACAGAGUUGGAAUCCACUUGGUAUUUGGGCAGUAACUGCAGACACCCCAUCCGGCGCACGGCCUUCUACGCCGGUCUGGUGGUCACUCUGGCUUGCCUCCUGGCUGCGGUGGCGGGCUUGACCGCGUACGUGAUCGUCAACAAGAAAAAGCAAACGAGGAAAAGAGACAUGAAAAAGAAGCUGGUGAACAAGUGGCUCAACGACGACUUUGAGUGGUCCCGAGCCGACAAACUCUCGACAGGCACAUUCAACGCCGGGCACCUGAACCCGUCGUUUCCCUACGACGCGUCGCCGCGGCCGUCUGCGACUCGCCAGCACGCCGACUCCAGGCAGUCCGGCCGGUCCGGCCCGGCCGUGAGCAUGUACAGGCUGGACGACGCCUCGCCGCGCCCCGACGGAUUCCCUCCCGAGCCCGAUCGAGCGGUCAGUCAGAGAAAAUGUCCGCCUGCUCCCGCGACCGCUCGUGAUACGUUGCCCGCUUCCCUCGCAGGUGAGGAGCUACGGGCCGCAGAUCAGAUCGUCGUGGGACGCCUGAGAUCGUCGUUUCGGAAGCGAGCGCGCCGACGGGGCUCCGACGUCGCGAGAUUAGUGACGGAAGCUAAUUUGUGGACUUGCUUUUCUGACGCCGCUGUUGGCGUGACCGAUGAUUUUGAUUUGCCAUUCAAGUGGUAGGAAAGAAUGCGACCUUUAGCUGUUGAUUGACUUUUGGGGGACGGCACGUGAACGACACGCUCGUCUGAGUCGUCAUUGUAAACUUCUGCAAUUGCCAGAAGACGCUACACCAUUGUCAGAACAAAAACAAAAAGCGGGAGCGGCAUUAGCACGUAACUCGUCACCUUUUUAUCGCUCUCUACGUCUCAAAAGUAUUCUGACGGCUCCCACAACUGGAGACAAUUUCCUUGUGUGUUUUUGACAUACUGGGCAAAUAAAGGCCAUUCUGAUUCUGAAGUGGAGCAAAGACAGAACUCCAAGACUGUCCGGAGUCCUUGAAACUUCCAACCGGCGGCGUGCGCGGGUGAAUAUACAUACGGAGUGCGUCGUUUUGCCCAUUUCAGGAACAAGAGUAAACCGGCAAACCUCAGCGAAUAAGAGAGGACGGAACGGAACCGGGCGAAAGAAAUCAGCGUGGCAAAGAGAAACAGUUUGCCGGUAAGGACUAAAAUCGGUCCGGCCGAGAUUUUACAAAACGCUAAGCGACAACAAUCAAAGAGGACACAAGAAAAGGACAAAGUGACGUCUUGAA